AUGGGCGGAAUGCUAGGCAGGAUGGAUUGGCUUGGCAACACCCUAUUCAUAGGCUCGGCAACGUUGUUCCUCGUGGCCGUCUCAUGGGGCGGUCUGCGCUACAGUUGGAGCAGCGCCGGCACCCUCGUACCCUUAUCGCUCGGGGCGAUGUACGGACAGCUUUACUACGUGCCUCUCUAUUUCAUGGACGUCAAGGGCUUCACUCCGACGCUGACCGGCGUCGCACUCCUUCCCGUCAUGUUUACGUUGGUGCCGGCGUCCAUCGUCACAGGAUGGCUCGUUACAGUGUCCAACAACUACCAGUGGCCAAUUUGGAGCGGCUGGACUCUAGCUACUGUCGCCUCUGGUCUGAUGCUGAUCUGGGAUGCCGAUACGUCUGCAAAAAUAUGGGUGCCGACGCUCGUCCUCCUUGGUCUUGGCCACGGCUCCAUCUUGAACGCGCAGAACAUGGCCUCGCAUGCCCUAUGCGAGGAAGGCGACGAAUCGAUCGCCGCGGGCAUGUAUGCCUCUCUUCGACAGGGUGGCAUGGCACUCGGAGUCGGCGUCGGCGGGUCCAUCUUCCAGAAUGUUAUGCAGCUCAAGUUGGAGAGAGAUGGGCUGCCAUCCGCGGGCACUUAUGGGGGUACGCACGCCAUUACGAGCAUUCUCAGCGCUUCCACGGACGAUAGCAUGCAGUCUCAAAUACUGGAUGCGUACGUCUAUGGUUUGCGAGGCGUCUAUGGGCUGUACGUCGGCGUGUCGGGAGCGGCGCUUUUGAUGAGUCUGUUGAUCAAAGGCGUUUCAUUGGAUAAGGAGUCGCGAUCUAAACACAGGGUGCAUGCGACUGCGGUGGGCCAUAAUAGCAUUGAGCAGAUCUAG